CUUGAGUGUGCCCCUCGCGCCCCGCCCCGCCCCGCCGCGCCUCACAUCAUCUCCCUCCUCGCUGCUGCCUGCGCCCUGCCCGCCGCGCCCACCAUUGCCGAGAAUGGGAACGUGCAGAAAGUUGCAUGUCGUAAUUAUGUGCUUGCUUGUAACAUUUUUAUACCUCAAGAGAGGAAAGCAAGUUAGGAACUAUACACUCUUCAUUCCAAGGCAAGAACCAAAAGUAGUGUGGGAUGUACUGGCAGAUUUCAGCAACGUUGCACAGAUGAAUACCAGAAUCGACCAUUGGGAGCUGCUGGACGAAUCGGGAUCGCUGGACCGCUGGAGCUACCGCCUCGUCACCUAUGAGGGCAUGGUGGCUCAGUGGUUGCUCGGCCUCAACGAGAACCGCGGAGAGGUGUUGGUGGAACCAGUUUCACCGCCCGACCACUAUUACAUUCAAGAAGUUUAUCUCACCCGAAGCCUCCACGGCUUGCUCUUAAUCAAGAACCAAGGCACCAUGCAUAUACGACGCACCCAGCAGGAUGGCCAAGCUGGCACACUGGUGGUGCAUGACACCGUCAGCGACUGCCCUCUGUUGUUUCAUUACUUUUGCGUCAUCGAAACCGAUCUCAACAGACAAGCUUUCCUGGCUAAUCUCCUCAAGUGGUUUGAUAAAAAAUAGCAUUAUAUAUUAUUAAAGUCUUACUUAUAGGCUUAUGUUGCAAUAACUCAAAUGUGUAGACAGCCAUGUUCUGCAUAUUUAUGAUAUUACAUAUGCUUCAAACGCAAUACAUACAUAUAAAACAGA